AAAAUUUGUCAGUUCAAUUUUCCGAAAAACGAAAAACUAAAAACACUGCCUUGCGCGUUCGACUUCUCCAAAUAUGGAAGCUCAAUUCCACCGAUGCGCCAAUAGUGAACCCUAACUUUCUCUCCCUGAUAUCCAACCCCGCAGAUGUUUCGGGAAAAUCAAGACGCCCGGAGCGAGCCCUAGAGUGCGUUGAUGAAGCAGGUUCGCCGAUGGCAGAGGAUUCUCAUCCUCUUCCUUCUCGGUGUUUCUGUGUUGGCACCUAUUGUUUUGGUCUCCAGCAGGCUCAAGGGUCUCGCUUCUCCUGGACGGAACGAGUUUAUAGAGGAUUUGAAUAAUAUUAAAUACAGGACAGAUGCUUUGCACCUAAGAUCGAUUGAGCUGGAAGCUGAUGAAAGCUUGAAAGAGCCACCCCUAUUUGUUUACAAGGAUGGAGAUUUAAAUUCUAUAGUCAAUUACAAUUCUUCUAAUCUGAAUCUUGAAGCAGAGGAAUCCAUUAGUGCUGCAGGGAGGGUUAAUUCCGUGGAAAGAGAUGGAACAAAUGAAGAUAAAGAAAGAAAUCAGAAAAAAUGGAAGAAAUUUUACAUAUUUGGAGGGAAGAAGGAUCAUUCUGGUCAGGCAAAAGUUCAACAUGAUCAGAAUGUUCAGUCUCGGUCACAAAGGGCCACAGAUGAAAAGGUAAAAGAGAUAAAAGAUCAGUUGCUUAGGGCCAAAACGUACCUGACCUUUGCACCCCCAAAGAGCAGUUCUCAUUUAGUAAAAGAGUUGAAAACAAGAAUGAAAGAGGUAGGGCGAGCACUGGGUGGAGCCACCAAGGAUUCGGAUAUGUCAAGGAGUACUCUGCAGAAGAUGAGAUCCAUGGAGGCUACCUUGUCAAAAGCUGGUCAUGUCUAUAAUGACUGCUCUGCCAUGGUUGCUAAGCUCCGAGCUAUGACAUAUAACACAGAAGAACAAGCCCGAACACAGAAGAAUGAAGCAGCAUAUCUAGUCCAUCUUGCUUCAAGGACUACCCCCAAAGGACUUCAUUGCCUUUCUAUGCGGCUGAUUGCUGAAUACUUUGCUUUGCAGCCUGAGGAGCGGGAGCUCCCUAGCCAACACAAAUUUUAUGAUCCAGAUCUCUAUCACUUUGUUGUCUUUUCAGACAAUAUUCUUGCUUCUGCAGUUGUUGUGAACUCGACCAUCUCUGCUGCUAUGGAACCAGAAAAAAUUGUUUUCCAUGUGGUUACUGAUUCCCUUAAUCUCCCAGCAAUUUCAAUGUGGUUCUUACUAAAUCCUCCUGGAAAAGCAGCAAUCCAGAUUCAAAGCAUGGACGAUUUUAAAUGGCUGCCUGCUGAUUUUUCUUCAAAGUUGAAGAACCAAGGCUCUCGUGACCCCAGAUAUACUUCUGCAUUAAACCAUCUUCGUUUCUAUCUGCCAGAUAUUUUCCCUGCACUGGACAAGAUUCUGUUCCUUGACCAUGAUGUGGUGGUAAAAAGAGAUCUUACACGACUCUGGGGUUUUGAUAUGAAGGGGAAGGUAAUUGGAGUAGUGGAGACUUGUCAAGAAGGGGCAUCCCCAUUUCGUCGAUUGGAUAUGCUUAUUAACUUCUCAGAUCCUAUAAUAGCAAAGAAAUUUGAUGUCAAGGCAUGCACAUGGGCAUUUGGGAUGAAUGUGUGUGAUCUGCGGAAGUGGAGAAGAAGAAACUUAACUGCUGUCUAUGAGAAAUAUUUGCAAUUGGGAUUUGAAAGGCCACUGUGGAAGGCGGGGAGUUUGCCCUUAGGUUGGGUUACGUUCUAUAACCAGACAACAGCUUUGGACAGGAGAUGGCAUGUAGUUGGGCUGGGACAUGACUCGACAUUGGAGCUUGGCAACCUCGAGCGGGCAGCAGUGAUACACUAUGACGGAAUCUUGAAGCCAUGGUUAGAUGUUGGAAUCGGAAAAUACAAAGGUUAUUGGAGCAAACAUGUGAAGUAUGACCAUCCUUACUUGCAAGAAUGCAACUUACAUGAAUAGAUAAAGUAGUUGAAAUCACAACAUAAUAUGCAUAAAUUGACCCAAUUCUACCCAUCAUUCUUUGAUUCAUGUUAUUAUAGGAAAUGAAGCUGGUGAGUCUUUUCUUCCCCUUUCAUUAACAUUUUUUUUACGUGUAAAAUUAAACUCAUUUCCCCCAUUUUUCCGGCCAUAAUCUUAUAGGAACUGAGUCAAGUUGCAUCAAUAAUGCGAUUGAAUAAGUCUGUCCUGGGGGGGUGGGGGUUGUUUUGUAAUGCUGGCGUUCCAUUUGUACAUAACUCAUUUCUGACAGACAUUUCAAUAGUUCGAACACCUUCAAACGCGAAUUCAUCUCUCUGCACUUGAUGUUCUCUGUUUGCAACUCUUUCAUGCUGUCCCGUGGUUUUAAAGUUGACCAUGAAUUAGGACAGUGGUCACGUUAUCAUGAUCAGAUGCGGCACCUGCUUCUGCUUGCCCUGUUGUACUCUUCAAUGGGAGAAAGGUUGGGUCCUGAUGUGCUCUGUUAACAGAUAAACUGCAAGUGUGUUGGUGCGGUUGUUUCUUGCAUGCCUCUGUUUCCAUCAUUGGGAUGAGAUGGGGUGGGUUAUUAUCAAAUCCCUUGGUGUACAGCACAAGCCUGAAGACAGUUUACUUUGUAGUACCAAUAGCUUGUAACGUGAAUAUUUUGUGGCAUAAUUGUUUUGGUGGUAUUUCCUUUCAA